UCAUCAUCCAAACAAUGUCCUCGCACUGGGACGUUAGCUGUGAUGGCUGCGACUGCGCCCAUUUGGUUCACUAUCGCUACAAGUGCCUUCGCUGUCCCGACUUUGAUCUUUGCAAGGAAUGUCACGAGAACGGAGUGGCAACCGGCGACCAUCGGCGGGAUCAUCCGUUCCAAUGUCUGCUCGAUCGCGAGGCCAUGGAACUGCACUUUGCCGGCGAACCGAUGCCGACCCUAUGCGCUGAUAGCUUCACGUGCCCGGUGUGCGGCCUGUUGGGUCUCUCCUCGUCAGAGUUGGUGGACCAUGUGAAUGAACUACAUCGCUUGGAUCGCACUACGGUGAUAUGUCCGCUCUGCGUGGCCCAGCCGGAUGGCCAUCCGGAUCGUCUCGAUAAUCUGGCCGGGCACUUGGCGUUGAUGCAUUCGGCGACCGUCCAGAGCGCCCAAAACACUUCGCCGGGCGUCGAGGAUCCGCCCCGUCUGGUAAGAACUGCGGCCGGCGGCGGGGAAGGCGGCAGCGUCUUGCGUUCCGCCGGAGACGGUGUUGUUAAUGGAGGUGUUCGUUUUGGUGCCGGAGCGGGAAGAGGAAUCCCUUUUGGUUCCGUAGGAGGCCUAGGAUCCGGAGAAGGUGGUGGAGGCGGCUUAUUGUUUGCAUCCUUGGGUGGCAGUGCCAGUAGUCCCUUAGGCGCCCCUGGAGCCGGAGGAGGCUUCGGCGGCAGCGGUGAAGGCUUCGGAGCCGGAAGAGGAGGCGGCGGUGGCAGUGGAGGCUUCAGCUUGGGAGCCGCAGGAGGAGGAGGACACAGCGGCGGCGCUGGAGGCUUCAGCUUGGGAGCCGGAGGAGGAGGAGGACCCAGCGGCGACGUUAGAGGCUUUGGCUACGAAAGCGAAGACAGUGAAGGCUUCCCCUUAGAUGGCGUCGGUGGCGGUGGAAAUUUAUUGUUAGGAGACGUCGUCGGAGGUAGCGGUGGCGUUGGCGGUGAAGGCUUAUUCUUUGGAGGCGUUGGCGGCGGUGGAGGUAGCGUUGGCGGUGGCGAAACCGGAGGCGGCUUCACCUUGGGAAGCGCAGGUGCCGGUGGAAACUUAUUCUUUGCAGACGUCGUCGGCGGUGCCGGAGGAGGUGGCGGUGAAGGCUUACUCUUUGGAGGUGGCGGUGGAGGCGUAUUCUUUGGAGGUGGCGGUGGCGGUGGAGGCUUACCCUUUGGAAGCGGUGGAGGAGGAGAAGGAGGAAGUGGCGGUGGAGAAAACAACAACGUAAGAGGAGCUGCAGAAUCUGGUGGACGCCGGUCGACCGGACUUGUUCUUCGCAUGGGAGGACCUGCCGGAACCGGCUUAGGACCCUCCGGACUGGUUACCCUUCUCGGGCCAUCUCCAAACGGUAGCCCCGUUAAUGGUCAUCCAUUCGAAGGCUUCCACUGGAGCACCGGGAUCGAUCAUCCGCCCCAAGGCAGCAACGCGCCCGGGUGGAGAGGCGAGGAAAUGCCUCCUUUCGUAGUUCUUGCAGGAGGAGGAGAAGGAGGAGGAGGUGUUGGUGGUGGAACCGUUAACGGCGGCGCAGGCAAUCGCCAAACACUGCCAACUCGCGGAAGAGUCCCGCCACCAUAUCCCCCCCAGCACCCGGAGGGUUCUGUGACCCUAUACUUGAGCCGUGCCGCGCCCCUGGGCUCGGACCAGAACUUGCCGAUGGCGGAUGAGGAGCCGGCGGCGGAUGAGAAUAACUCCCAGCUGCGUCACCGCACUGCUCCCGUCGCUCAGGUGCCGCAUGUGCGCUUCGUUCUGCCAAGAUCAGCACCUCUGGCCUUUUCCGAGGACCUUAGCGACAGCGAUGGCCCGGAUGCUUAA